AUGAUAUCAUCUAAAUGUUCUUUAACAACAUCAACAUCAAAUGGUACAUCUCCAGAUGAAAAAACAAAUCUUCCAGAUUUAACAGGAAGAUUAUUAAAAGAUCAUCUUCUUAUAUAUAAAAUAGAUGAAGGUGGUUUUGGAGGUAUAUAUUUAGCUAGAAAAUAUGAAAAAGGUAAAGUAAAUGUAACACCAAAAUUUGAUUUUUCAAGUAUUCCUAGUAAUGAACUUAAUGAAUAUUAUGUUGUUAAAGCAGAAUCAAAUUUUACUGAAGGUGGUUGUGGUUUAAAAAUGGAAGUUAAAAUACUUAAUAAAAUAAAAAAAAUAUUUAAUAAAUCAGAACAAUUUGCUGAAAUUACAAUAGCUAAUAGAAGAAGUAAAUAUAGUUAUGUAUUUAUGACAUUAUUAGGACAAAGUCUUAAACAUUUAUUACGUAUAGUACCAAAUGGAAAAUUUACUGAUAGUACAUGGUUAAGAAUAGGUAUUCAAUCAUUAUAUAGUGUAAAACAACUUCAUGAAGUUGGUUUUAUACAUCGUGAUUUAAAACCAGCAAAUUUUGUUAUUGGACAUAAUAAUGAUGUAAUGAGAUGUAGAUUUAUACAUCUUAUUGAUUUUGGAUUAUCAAGACAAUAUAUAAUUGAAGAUGAAAUUGGUAAAAUAAGAUAUAGAAAAGCAAGAAAACGUGUAGAUUUUCGUGGAACAGAAAGAUAUUGUUCAAUGAGUAUGCAUUAUGAUAAAGAACAAAAACGUGUUGAUGAUAUUUGGAGUCUUUUAUUUGCAUUAACAGAAAUGCGUAAUGAUUUACCAUGGUCUAAUGUUGAUAGUGAUAAAUUAGAAGAAACUAAAAAAUCAUAUAAAUCAAUAUGUAUAAUUAAAUUAUUACCAAUUGAAUUAGAAAAUUCAAUAAAAAAUUUAGAUAUUAUAUCAAAUGAAAAUUUUGAUGAACGUCCAAAUUAUGAAGAAAUAUAUAAAAGUUUAGUUGAUUGUAUGAAAAAUAAUAAUUAUUCAUUUGAUGAUAAAUAUGAUUGGGAAAAAGAAAUAGAUAAAAAUUGUCCAAAAAUGACAAAAUAUAGUGAUAUGUAUAAUCUUUUUGCAAAAGAUCAUUUUUCAAAUAGGAUAAUUAUUAAUAAUGAUAUAAAUAAAAAAAAUGAAUUAAAAUAG